UGGCCUCUGGCCCUUUCCUAGACACUCCACCCCCGCCUGCCUUCUUCCUCCCUGCUCAGGCAGGAUGAGGCGUGCAGGCCUGGGUGAAGGAGUCCCCUCUGGCAGCUACGGCUACGCUGGCAGCGGGUAUAGCACCUGUGAGAAGGAGAACGAGAGACUCAGUGAAAGUCUGAGGAGCAAUGUCAGUGCUAUCAAAUCCCUGUCCAUUGAAACAGGCCAUCAAGUUAAACAUCAAAAUAAAUUACUAGCUGAAAUGGACUCACAGUUUGAUUCUACAACAGGGUUUCUAGGUAAAACUGUGGGAAAACUAAAAAUUUUAUCCAGAGGAAGCCAAACAAAGCUUUUGUGCUAUAUGAUGCUGUUUUCAUUGUUUGUGUUUUAUGUCAUUUAUUGGAUUAUGAAACUGAGGUGAUGCAAGUAAGUGUGAGUUUAGAAUUUAUUCCCACCUGAUGGCUUGGAUUACCACUUUGAUAAAAAUCAGCUUCCAGAAAUUCCUAAUUUUCAAAUAUUGUGACCUUUUCCAUGGAAGAUGAUUGGAUUUUGCUUAUUUUGUAAAUCACGCAAGAGAAUACAUUGCUCUUUAAAUACUGUUCAUCAGUGGUUCAUUUUACCCCCAAUUUUCAGGAGUAUUGAGAUGGCUGAACGCUAUAGAUGGUCAGUGUGGCUUUACCGAUUUUUUGUUCUAAUGUUUGCUCCUUGUAAAAUUGAAUAGCAAUAUAAAAUUAUGUUGUUACUAUAAA